CCCUCCUUCGGCGACAAGGCCGCUCGGGCCAUCGUCUACUUCGUGGCCAUGAUGUACAUGUUCUUGGGCGUCUCCAUCAUCGCCGACCGCUUCAUGGCCUCCAUCGAGGUCAUCACCUCCAAGGAGAAGGAGAUCACCAUCACCAAGGCCAACGGGGAGACCAGCAUUGGCACCGUGCGCAUCUGGAACGAGACCGUCUCCAACCUCACCCUCAUGGCCCUGGGCUCCUCGGCGCCCGAGAUCCUCCUCUCCGUCAUCGAGGUCUGCGGGCACAACUUCCAGCCCGGCCCCAUGGUGGCCAGCGCCGCCUUCAACAUGUUCGUGGUGAUCGCCGUCUGCGUCUACGUCAUCCCCAGCGGCGAGAGCCGCAAGAUCAAGCACCUGCGGGUCUUCUUCGUCACGGCCUCCUGGGGCAUCUUCGCCUGCAUCUGGCUCUACCUGAUCCUGGCCGUCAUCUCGCCCGGCGUGGUGCAGGUGUGGGAGGCCCUCCUCACCCUCGUCUUCUUCCCCGUCUGCGUGGUCUUCGCCUGGGCCGCCGACAAGCGGCUCCUCUUCUACAAGUACGUCUACAAGCGCUAUCGGGCCGACCC